AUGGUGGUGGCUCUUCUGGCGGCGGCGGCGGCGGCGGCGGCGGCUAUGGUGGAGGCUCUUCUGGUGGCGGCGGGGGAGGCUAUGGUGGAGGCUCUUCUGGCGGCGGCGGCGGCGGCGGCGGCUAUGGUGGCGGUUCAUCUGGCGGCGGCGGCGGCUCCUCUGGCGGCGGUGGCUAUGGUGGAGGUUCUUCUGGCGGCGGUGGCGGCGGCUAUGGGGGUUCCUCUGGCGGCGGCGGUGGCGGCUAUGGUGGUGGCUCAUCUGGCGGCGGCGGCGGCGGCGGCUAUGGUGGCGGCUCCUCCGGCGGCGGCGGCGGCUAUGGUGGCGGCUCCUCUGGCGGCGGCGGCUAUGGAGGUGGUUCCUCUGGUGGCGGCGGCGGAAGCUACGGGGGUGGUUCAUCUGGUGGCGGCGGCGGCGGCUAUGGUGGUGGCUCAUCUGGUGGCGGCGGCGGCGGUGUGUAAGUGUGAUGGCUAUACUGUAGACAGGACAUAUCUGAUACAUCUCCCACACCUGCGCUGCACUGAGGGUGUCACACGCUCUAAAUUACCAAGUUGUGUUGGAAUAAGUUGA